GAACUCACAUUUGCUAUGGAAACCAGAGAAUACUGUACUGUAGACCGCUCUACAGUAAAGUGCGGCAUUUUCCGACACAAAGCAAAAACUACGGAAUCGAUCACUGAGGAAAAUGAGGAGGGUGAAGACAGCAAUGAGGAAGACAAAGAAGUCGAGGAUGAAGGAGAGGAAGAAAUAGAAGAUCGAACGGAAGUGAUCAUUAGAAAGGCUGACUAA